ACUCACUGACCUGCUCUGCAUAUACUGUGAGCCUGUGACUGUGAGUGGGAGAGGAAGAAGAGGGAGAUGGGCAAGGGAGGGAAAGGCGAGGCGGCGCCGGCGGCCGUGGCCGGUGGCGAGGGGGAGAACAUGGCGGCGUGGCUGGUGGCGAAGGACACCCUCAAGAUCAUGCCCUUCAAGCUCCCGCCGCUAGGUCCUUAUGACGUUCGGGUCCGGAUGAAGGCGGUUGGCAUCUGUGGCAGCGAUGUGCACUACCUCAAGGAGAUGCGCAUCGCACAUUUCGUGGUGAAGGAGCCGAUGGUGAUCGGUCACGAGUGCGCGGGCGUCAUCGAGGAAGUGGGCGGUGGCGUGAAGCACCUCGCCGUGGGCGACCGCGUGGCGCUGGAGCCCGGCAUCAGCUGCUGGCGCUGCAGGCACUGCAAGGGCGGGCGCUACAACCUCUGCGACGACAUGAAGUUCUUCGCCACCCCGCCGUACCACGGAUCGCUCGCCGACCAGAUCGUGCACCCAGGCGACCUGUGCUUCAAGCUGCCCGACAACGUGAGCCUGGAGGAGGGCGCCAUGUGCGAGCCGCUGAGCGUGGGCGUGCACGCGUGCCGGCGCGCCGACGUCGGCGCGGAGAAGAACGUGCUGAUCAUGGGGGCCGGGCCGAUCGGCCUGGUGACCAUGCUCUCGGCGCGUGCGUUCGGCGCGCCCAGGAUCGUCAUCGCGGACGUGGACGAGCACCGCCUCUCCGUGGCCAAGUCCCUGGGCGCGGACGCCACGGUGAAGGUCUCCACGAGCACGGAUGACCUCGCCGGGGAGAUCGAGCUGAUCCAGGCGGCGAUGGGCGGGGACAUCGACGUGAGCCUGGACUGCGCCGGGUUCAGCAAGACGAUGUCGACGGCGCUGGAGGCGACGCGGCCCGGCGGGCGGGUGUGCCUGGUGGGGAUGGGCCACAACGAGAUGACGGUGCCGCUGACCUCGGCGGCGAUCCGGGAGGUGGACGUGGUGGGGAUAUUCCGGUACAAGGACACCUGGCCGCUGUGCCUCGACUUCCUGCGCAGCGGCAAGAUCGACGUCAAGCCGCUCAUCACGCACAGGUUCGGGUUCUCGCAGGCGGAGGUGGAGGAGGCGUUCGAGGUCAGCGCGCGAGGCCGCGACGCCAUCAAGGUCAUGUUCAACCUCUAGAUCCUCCACGCUGCUGCUGAUGUUGCUGGGCGGCAUGGAAGGUGAACUGGGCAGCGUGCGUGCGUGCGUGUCCGUGCGCGCGCGUUGUGUAUGUCGUGGAACAAGAAAUGCCCCGUGAUGACGCUGUGUGUGUCCCGAGUCCAGACUGCCGCCGCUGUAGGUGUGUGUGUCGACCGAUAUUAUUACCGCCUAUGUUUCAAAAUAAGAUGCAGAUUAAAACGA